GUCAUCGCGUUGCGGGUUCGUGUGUGUGAGUGCUUCGUGCUGUUGGUUUUGUGUUUUCUUAAUUUAACAUUUAAGUUAAAAGUUAUAUAUUUUGUGUUGAUUUUGUUAUUACAAAUAAUGCGCCCGAUUUCCAACAUUGCUCGAGCACACAUCAAUUCAUAAAACAGUCAGUCACUAUUUGGAUGAGGAUGCAACGCUUGUGGCAUAUGCUGCAUGCGUUGCUGCUGCUGCAGCUGGUUGCAGCGCAAAGCGAUAGCAGCUACUACAACGUACAACAGCAACAACAACAGCAGCAACAACAACUGCUGCAACAGAAACUACAACAACAGCAACAACAGCCUCUGCUGCCACAGCCCACAUCAGCAUACGAUAACAAUAAUCCAUUAUAUGGAACGAAUCUCAAUCCAAAUUUGAAUCCCAAUCUAAAUCCGAAUCCAACUGUAUAUCGCAACGAUGGCAGCUACAAUGAUUUAGGCACUCAGGAUGACUAUAAUAAACGACUGAGCGGCGGCGGCGUUGGUGGCUAUGAUGACGACGAGCCCAGUUUGCAGCGUGGCAAGUCGGCGUACAAUACGAAAAAUAUUUUUCUAGAGACAUUGCAUAAUCGAGAGCCCACGUACUUUAUUGUUGCCUCUCGCAUGGUGCGUCCUGGCUUAAUCUACCAGGUAUCAGUCUCGAUACUCCAGGCUAAAUAUCCCAUCACUGUGCAUGCCAGUAUCUCGUGUGAUGGCGUUCAAGUUAGUGGCGAUUCCAAGGAUGUGAAGGAAGGUGUACCCGAAACUUUGCUCAUGCGUAUACCGCCCACAAGUGUAACGGGAAAUUAUAGACUACGCGUUGAGGGCUUCUAUCAGGAUGUCUUUGGCGGCGUUGCCUUUUUGAACGAUACGCGACUUGACUUUUCACAGCGCUCAAUGACCAUUUUUGUGCAGACCGACAAACCGCUCUACAUGCAGGGCGAGACGGUGCGCUUCCGUACGAUACCGAUUACCACAGAACUGAAGGGCUUCGAUAAUACCAUCGAUGUCUAUAUGCUGGAUCCCAAUGGGCACAUACUGAAGCGUUGGCUUUCCCGUCAAUCGAAUUUGGGCUCCGUUUCGCUGGAAUACAAACUCUCGGAUCAGCCAACAUUUGGUGAAUGGACAAUUCGUGUGAUUGCCCAGGGCCAGAAGGAGGAGAGCCACUUCAGUGUCGAGGAAUACUAUCAAACACGCUUCGAAGUCAACGUCACAAUGCCUGCGUACUUCUUUACCACCGAUCCGUACAUCUAUGGCCGAGUUAUGGCCAACUUUACCAGUGGUCUGCCCGUGCGUGGCAAUCUAACGCUGAAGGCCACCAUACGACCCAUUGGCUACUUUAGCAAUCAGGUGCUGAAUGAGAAAUUCCGUUUGGGUCGCUCGCCGCUGGAGCAAAUGAAUUUGUAUAACGAUCGCUUUCGCUAUAAUAAUCCCAAUCAAAAUCCAAAUCAGCAAUUCAAUGUACCCGCUCAGCUGCCACAGGAUGGCGUGGAUCUAUCGCAGGAGUUGCUCUAUCGCAACCAAUAUAUAGUGGAGCGUAGCUAUCAAUUUGAGGAAGAAUGGCCAUUCUGGGUGCGCAAGCCGGAGGUACUGGAUAACUAUGAUUCCUGGACGAGCAGCUAUCGCAAUAGUUUGCCCUAUUUGAGGUACUUCAAUGGCACCUUUGACUUUAAAUGGCCGCUGCGCGAAUUGGAGAUGCUUGUGCCGAAUAUGGCCAAUAUGGAGGUGCUCAUUACGGCGACUGUUGGCGAGAAAUUCUAUGAUGAGAUCAUCAGCGGCUAUUCCGUGGCGCGUGUCUACAAUUCCAGUUUGCGUGUCGCUUUUCUCGGCGAAUCGCCGCAGGUCUUUAAGCCGGCAAUGCCUUUCACUACCUAUCUAGUUGUGGAAUAUCAUGAUGGCUCACGCAUCGAUCCCUAUUUGUUGCGCCAGGGUCUAAUGGAGGUCAGCGGCUUCGUGGAGAGUCGCAAUGGCGGACGCCGUGAGUGGCCGGCUCAGCGUUUGCACAUGUCCCAGCAAACGGAUGGCGUUUGGGAGCUGAAGAUUGAUAUACGCCAUGAUCUGCAGCUGGAUGAACGUCCACAGUCGAGGGACUUCCUCAAUGGCAUACAGAAUAUGCGCUUGCAGGCUGUCUUCGUGGAUCCGAGAGGUGAACGCAUUCAAACCGAAUUGUUGCUCGUCGCACAUUAUUCGCCGCGCAAUCAACACAUCAAGAUUACCACCAGUACGGAGCAGCCUGUUGUGGGAGAGUACAUCAUCUUCCACAUUCGCACCAAUUUCCACUUGGAGGAGUUCAACUAUCUAAUCAUGUCCAAAGGCGUUAUCUUGAUCAAUGAUCGGGAGCCCAUUGUCGAAGGUAUACGCACCAUUGCGGUGGUUCUUAGCGCUGAGAUGGCGCCGGUGGCCACUUUGGUGGUUUGGAAGAUCACCCAGCAGGGUCAAGUGGUUGCCGAUUCGCUAACCUUCCCCGUCAAUGGCAUUUCACGUAACAACUUUACGGUCUACAUUAACAAUCGUAAAGCGCGCACAGGUGAAAAGGUAGAGGUUGCCAUCUUUGGUGAACCGGGCUCCUAUGUGGGUCUAUCUGGCAUCGAUAGCGCCUUCUAUACCAUGCAAGCGGGCAAUGAGCUGACCUAUGCCAAAAUUAUAACAAAAAUGUCAAACUUCGAUGAGCAAACGAAUGGCACAUACAAACGCAUUUGGUACUCCCACGAGGGUAAUCCCGAUGAGCUUGUCUAUUUCCCGGCUUCCUCCUUUGGCGUCGAUGCGAAUCGCACGUUCGAGUAUAAUGGAUUGAUAGUCUUUACGGAUGGCUAUGUGCCACGCCGGCAGGAGAGCUGCAAUCGCACCUUGGGCUAUGGCGAAUGCUUGAGUGGACGUUGCUAUCGGCUGGAUAAACAUUGUGAUGGAAUCUUCGACUGCGACGAUGGCACCGAUGAGAUCGGCUGCCGGGUUCAAAAUGAUACAGAGCUCUUGAAUUAUCGCAAAUAUCGUUUCAAUCGCGUGCUGCGGCACUACGAGAACGUUUGGCUAUGGAAGGACGUGAACAUUGGUCCACAUGGACGAUUUAUAUUCAACGUGGAUGUGCCCGAUCGUCCCGCCUAUUGGAUGGUCAGCGCUUUCAGUGUCAGUCCAUCGAAAGGUUUUGGCAUGCUGAAUCGUGCCCUGGAAUACGUUGGAGUCCAGCCGUUCUUUAUCAAUGUGGAAAUGCCAACGGUUUGUCGACAGGGCGAGCAGGUGGGCAUACGUGUCACGGUCUUCAACUACAUGACCACGCCCAUUGAGGCAACCGUAGUGCUGCACGGCAGUCCGAACUAUAAAUUUGUGCAUGUCGAAGAGGAUGGCAUCGUGCGCAGUUAUAAUCCAAGGACGAGCUUCGGCGAGCAUCAGUUCUUUAUCUAUUUGGAUGCACAAGGCACGACAGUGGUCUAUGUGCCAGUGGUGCCGCAGCGACUGGGCGACGUGGAUGUGACACUGCACGUGGCCACGCUAUUGGGCACGGAUACGAUAACCCGUACACUGCACGUCGAAUCGGAUGGCUUGCCGCAAUAUCGUCAUCAAUCGGUUCUGUUGGAUUUGUCGAAUCGUGCCUAUGUGCUGGAGUAUAUGCAUGUGAAUGUGACACAAACACCGGAAAUACCUUACCAAGUGGAUCGUUACUUUGUCUACGGCUCAAAUCGUGCGCGAAUCUCUGUCGUUGGCGAUGUGGUGGGACCCAUAUUCCCAACGAUGCCCGUCAACGCGAGCUCGCUGCUAUAUCUGCCCAUGGAGUCAGCCGAACAGAAUGCCUUCAGCUUCGCCGCCAAUCUAUAUACGAUUAUGUAUAUGCGUCUGAUCAAUCAGCGUAACAAGACGCUGGAGAGGAACGCCUUCUAUCACAUGAACAUUGGCUAUCAGCGGCAACUGAGCUUCAUGCGUGCCGAUGGCAGCUUUUCGCUGUUCCGUUCCGAUUGGAAUAAUUCGGCGUCGUCUGUGUGGUUGACCAGCUACUGCUUGCGCAUCUUCCAGGAGGCCUCGUUCUAUGAGUGGGAGAAUUUCAUUUGGAUUGAUGCCACCAUCAUUGAAAAGAAUAUGCGCUGGCUGCUGCAGCAUCAAACGCCGGAGGGUGCUUUCUAUGAGGUCACCUGGUUGCCGGAUCGUAAAAUAAAUCGUACCAACUUUGCCAGCUACACAAGUUUACGGAAUCGUAAUAUCACCUUGACCUCACAUGUGCUCAUCACCCUGGCCACCGUUAAGGAUCUAUCUGGAACGCUUGGCUCGCGCGUGGCGCUGGCCACACAGCGUGCCGUUGCUUGGAUCGAACGAAAUAUGCAAUUCUUAAAGGAUACGCCGGAACCGUAUGAUGUGGCAAUUACGGCGUACGCUCUACAACUCUGCAAUUCACCUAUUGCGGAGCAUGUGUUCAGCAUAUUGCGGCGACAUGCCAGAACCAUUGGCGACUUUAUGUAUUGGGGCAAUCAGGAGUUGCCGCAACCGCCGCGUAAACUGGAAAAUCAGAAAUGGUUCUCCCUGCCCCGACUGCCAUAUGAAUACGAUUCGUUAAAUAUCGAGACAACAGCGUAUGCAUUGUUGGUCUAUGUGGCACGUCGUGAGUUCUUCGUGGAACCGAUUGUUAGAUGGCUGAAUGCACAGCGUUUGAAUGAAGGCGGCUGGGCAUCCACGCAGGAUACUAGCACAGCGUUGCGUGCCUUGGUCGAGUAUACCGUACGUUCACGUAUACGUGAUGUGUCCUCAUUAAGUGUGGAGAUUGAAGCAUCCUCCCAGGGUGGAAAGACACAGGAGCUGCGCAUCGAUGACACCAAUUUGGCCAGGCUACAGAGCAUUGAGAUACCUGAUGCUUGGGGUACCAUUAAGGUGCAGGCCAAGGGCGCUGGCUAUGCUAUACUGCAGAUGCAUGUUCAAUACAAUGUGGAUAUAGCCAAAUUCCAAACGAAGCCACCGGUGCCAGCAUUUGGGCUGCAUACAAAUGCCAUAUUCCAUGGCAGAAAUCAGUCUCACAUCUCAUACGUAGCCUGCCAAAACUGGGUAAACACACAGGAAUCGGAACGUUCGGGCAUGGCUGUACUGGAUGUGGCUAUACCCACUGGCUAUUGGAUACAGCAACAGAAACUGGAUAGUUAUGUAUUAAGCAAUCGUGUGCGCAAUUUGCGACGAGCACGUUACUUGGAACGCAAGAUUGUCUUCUAUUUUGAUUAUCUGGAUCAGGAGGAUAUCUGCGUUAACUUUACCAUAGAGCGCUGGUAUCCAGUGGCCAACAUGUCACGUUAUCUGCCUGUGCGCAUUUAUGACUACUAUGCACCGGAGCGCUUUAACGAAUCCAUCUUCGAUGCUCUGCCCACAUAUCUGCUAAAUAUUUGCGAGGUAUGUGGCAGUUCGCAAUGCCCCUACUGUUCCAUCUAUAAUGUGGGCUGGCGGUCUUCGAUGUCCUUCUCGCUAUUGUUCUUUAGCGUAUUUAUUUAUCUGCUGCGCAGUCGUACGCAUCUAGUGCUCCAAACUCUACAUCUGUUUACCUAGACGAGGUCCAUCCAUCCAUCUAGCCACCCACCCAUGUCUAACAACCAAACACAAAUUAUGUUUAGCUUAUUAGCUUUGAAUUCGAAUGAGUGUUGAGUUUUUAUAGUUGGAUUUAUUAUUUCAGUUUUGUUUUUAUUUUUUUUUACGAAAUUGCAUUCCGUCCUGACGUUUAUUAUAUGUUCAACUGCUAGCAAUUUAUUAUUAUUUUGUAAUCAACGUUUAAAUCGUAAUCUCGAAAUAUGUACAAAAAAAGAAAAAAAAACUGCAUCCAAAUGGACAAUUGCUUUUGUAAUUUGACCAACCACAGAAAUGAAAUAUCAAACUUUAUGUACACAAACCAUUAACUU